UUUAGUCACUGGUUUAUGUUAAGUGGGUAGACUUCGCUAAGAAGUUGCCAAGAUGUACAGCUGGACUGAGCUAAGCUAACUCCUGACGGGUGUGUUGUUGCUGUAAACUGCGGUGGCAUUAAACGGCGUCCACAGCGUGGUAUUUAUGCGUGGAAAAAGGCGCUUUUAUUAAAAGACAGCAUCAGCGAGGAGAAGCUAACUUUGAGCCAGCCUGUCCAGACGGUGCUGGUGGUUGAAGCAGAGGGAGGCGUGUCCUCCAUUUGUACUGUUUUCAUUUUCAGGUGGGCAGAAGAAACGCUGAAGGAAACACGUAGGCUGUUCCUGCAGUUAAUUACCAGAGUGUGUGAGGCAAAACACGCGGGAUGGCCCAGUGCACACAGUACACAGGACAGACUUACAGGAUAGACGGAAAUAAACAUGUUGCUUUCUAACUUCGCGUACCUGUGAGAAUCGACCGAUACUGGGGAAACGGGAAAGCCGAUCGAGGCAGAUGAAACGAGGUCUCCAAGGGAACAAGCAGGAGGAUGGAGGUGGAACCAGCGGUGGGUGUCAGAAGACUCUUAAACGGUCCCGCAAGCAGAGGAGGGAGAAAGAUUUGGAGGACGAGGAAUCCCGCUGGGAGUGUCUGCCACAGGAGAUCCUGCUCCACAUCUUCCAGUACCUGCCUCUACUGGAUAGGGCUUUUGCCUCCCAGGUAUGCCGGGGCUGGAACGAGGCCUUUCACAUGCCAGAACUGUGGCGAUGCUUUGAGUUUGAGUUGAACCAGCCAGCCAGCUCCUACCUGAAGGCCACACACCCAGACCUCAUCAAACAGAUCAUCAAGAGGCACUCGGACCACCUGCAGUAUGUCAGCUUCAAGGUGGACAGCAGCAGAGAGUCUGCAGAAGCAGCGUGCGACAUCCUCUCUCAGCUGGUGAAUUGUUCUUUGAAAACUCUGGGGCUCAUCUCCACAGCCAGGCCCAGCUUCAUGGAGAUGCCUAAGUCCCACUUCAUCUCAGCACUGACUGUGGUUUUCGUCAACUCUAAAUCCCUGUCCUCCCUGAAGAUUGAUGACACGCCCGUGGAUGACCCGUCUCUUAAAGUCCUGGUGGCCAAUAACAGCGACACGCUCAAACUGCUCAAAAUGAGCAGCUGCCCUCAUGUUUCCCCUGCAGGCAUCCUGUGUGUGGCUGAUCAGUGCCAUGGCCUGAGAGAACUGGCUCUCAACUACCAUUUGCUGAGCGAUGAACUUCUCAUCGCCCUCUCCUCGGAGAAGCACGUGCAUCUCGAGCACCUCCGCAUUGACGUGGUCAGUGAAAAUCCCGGCCAACAGUUUCACACCAUCAAAAAGAGCAGCUGGGACGCCAUGAUGCGUCACUCGCCUAAAUUUAAUCUGGUCAUGUACUUCUUCCUCUACGAGGAUGAGUUUGGCCCUUUCUUCCGCGACGAAAUCCCCGUUACGCAUCUGUACUUCGGCCGCUCCGUCAGCAAAGACGUGCUGGGGCGCGUCGGCCUCAACUGCCCGCGUCUGGUCGAGCUGGUGGUGUGCGCCAACGGGCUGCGACCGCUGGACGAGGAGCUGAUCCGCAUCGCCCAGCGCUGCACGCAGCUGUCUGCCAUCGGCUUGGGAGAGUGCGAAGUGUCCUGCAGCGCCUUCGUGGAGUUUGUCAAGAUGUGCGGAGACAGACUGACGCAGCUAUCCAUCAUGGAGGAAGUACUGGUUCCAGAUCAUCGCUAUGGGUUGGAUGAUAUCCACUGGGAGGUGUCAAAGCAUUUGGGUCGCGUCUGGUUCCCAGACAUGAUGCCUACGUGGUAGAGCUCUGGUAGAAGGCUCAUCUUUCUUUUUUUUUUUCUGAAAACAUGAAGAAAACUGAUUUUAUUUUAAUAACAUGUAUUGAUUUCAGCUGCAAAUUUCUGUAUAUAACUUGUAUUUAGGUGUAUAUUUAUAGAUUAUAAUAUACGUAAUUUGUAACAUUUAGUAUCUUGUUUUCUUCAGCCCUUGAAUACUGGAUAAAUAUAGUGUUUGAGGGUUUGGGGGUGUCACUUUUCCAGGGGGAUAAACAAAUAUGUCUGGCAACUAGUGGCCUGUUUAUGCUCGCCGUUUUUGCCCUCGCGAACGGUGACGUACGACGAAAGUGACAUCACAUCCGCUGGGUCAAUCCGCGCCUUUUAUUUGUCAUUCUGGACAAUCGUACCAGAAACUUUUGUAGCUUCGCACAGGUGUCCGUGUCAUUGCUGCAGCAGCUGGGUUGGCGGUGCACUCGUGUCAGAAUUAAACCUCUUGUUUAAUUCUAUCAUUGUAGUUGUUUUGCUUCUGGUUUUGACUUCUUCUCCUGUGCCACCGCUAAUGUGGAUGUUUUAUGUCAGCGGUGACACCUGUCAUUCAGGAAAAUCCUGCUUUAAAUGAUACUAUGGCGACGUCACGGUUGGCGUGCAGAACGACCGAUCGGGUGAGCAUAAAUGGACCCUAAUGAGUUGUUUCAUCCACACAAGAUGCAUGUAACAAAUAUGAAUCGGUUACAAACUAACAAAUAUUCCUUUUUGCCUUGUAAUUGUAAUCCCUUUAAAAUAAAUCAGAAACUUUAAAGCUCUGAGCUUAAUUUCACUUAAACGAGUUAACAUGCAGAUGUUAAAGAGAUUAUCAUCACCACACUGAACCCAGCGUCUUUGAAGCCAGGCAGUUUACUCUUUGUGUGGUAGAGAAGUACUUGCAGUAGAAGGGGAUGAUCACCAUUAUAAGCUAAUGUAUUUUAGUACGCAUUCAAAGUACAAGAAUUUUAUUUUAUUUUUUUCAUGGUGAGGUGACAGCUUGUUAUAGAUCGUGGUUGCUGAUCAUGUGACUAAAAGGAAGGAGGCAGCACAGACAGUACUUACUUGUUUUGUCUGCUCCUGCCAUCCAUCACUGUGUCACUACUUCAAAAGCACAUUCAAAUAAAACUGAACCUCAUGUUUCUGCCCUGUGUUUGAUUUCGGACAGCUAAUUGUGCAGGCGUUUUUCUUUGGUCGCUUUGGCCAUGAUCAUGUUUGUCUUCAUAUACUGUAUAAAUAUGUGUAUAUAUAAACAUAUAUGUGCGUGCGUGUGUAAUGUACGAGUUUAUUUUCUGCAUUGCCUGCACCCACGUUCCUGUAAUUGUAAAUAUAAAAUCUGUUAUAUUUAAAAACAAAUGUAAGAGAGAAAUUCUAAUCAUAUAUCUGUACAUUUAAUGAUUCCUUUCAAUGCACUUUUACCCUAAUGAAGGUCCCGAGAGUAGCAUUAGGGAAGGAAAUUGGACAAUUUUGGAGCUAAAUGGUCACAGGAUUUAGCAGCGGUUCUGCAGUCUAAUAACUCUGAGCCACCUUUUGUAGUUAACUUGAUUUUAUAAUGUUCAUUUCUUACAAAUAUUGAGAUGAUAAGAAUUUAAAGUGGAUUUAUCUUGUUUUUUUGUUAACUGACACACAGUCAGUCAAUCAUCCUGGGAAACCAAAACCCACUAUAUAGCACAGUCACUGAUGAAGCUUCAAUUUCUAACUUGAAGAAAUAUUAGCGUGAUUUAGGAAAAUUGUAACUAAUUGGGAAUUAAAUUCAGAAUUUCGAAGGUUACUUGAUUGAUGUGCGCACAGUUGUAACGUUAGGGCUGUGUUCUUCAGCCUGUCACAGACACAGUUGGGCUUUCACAAAUGAAGCGGAUGGUUGUAGAUGAUAUUUGUAAUCGUGCAGCCCUGCAGACGGGACAGUAUGGCAGCUGAAUGUUGAUGUAGCCGAGUGUUUUCAUGAAUGUAUAAGCAUGAAAUAUUUAUCUUUCUCUAUUGUUUUUGUUGCAGUGGACUGAAAGCUGAUUUAAGUUGGACACCUUUUAGUCUGUCAGUCAUUAUGUUCUGAGUUUACGAGGUUUAUAUUUCACCUUGUCUGUUUGGUUUUUUUUACUUUUUAUUUUUUGGGCAAAUGUUAAUAGAAGAGCCACUCCUUUAUAUUGAUAUUGUACCCUGUAACAGGCCCUGUAACGUCUUACUUGUAAGUUUUCUGUUUCUGCGAAGCUGCCACGCCUGACAAUGGACUUUGUCCUUUACUGACACACAGUACAGUUUAUGGUGUAUCUAUACAAAUACAAAUGCACAUAUGCUGUCUGUUGGUUAAUAUUAACCACAUUUGUGUUGUGUUUGCACAUGAUUAUCGUAGUAUCAGAAAACUGGCCGAGUAAGGGCUGCAGUUGUAUAGAGAACAACAUGUUGUUUAUAUUCAAUCUAAAUAAAGCUGCAUUGUAUUGAGAAGAUU